GAAAACUAUGCCUGGGGCCGGCGCUCGGCCCGGCUGCUGCCGCUGAGGAAAGCCGGGACGCGGAGCCCCGCCGAGAGCUUCUUUGCUCCGGACGCCCCUGGACGUGGCGGGCAGCUGCGAGGGUGACCACCAUGAUCCCCUGGGUGCUCCUGGCCUGUGCCCUCCCCUGUGCUGCUGACCCACUGCUUGGCGCCUUUGCUCGCAGGGACUUCCGGAAAGGCUCCCCUCAACUGGUCUGCAGCCUGCCUGGCCCCCAGGGCCCACCCGGCCCCCCAGGAGCCCCAGGACCCUCAGGAAUCAUGGGACGAAUGGGCUUUCCUGGCAAAGACGGCCAAGAUGGAUACGAUGGCGACCGGGGGGACAGCGGAGAGGAAGGUCCACCUGGCCGGACAGGUAACCGGGGAAAGCCAGGACCAAAGGGCAAAGCCGGGGCCAUUGGGCGGGCUGGCCCCCGUGGCCCCAAGGGCAUCAACGGUACCCCCGGGAAGCAUGGCACGCCAGGCAAGAAGGGGCCCAAGGGCAAGAAGGGGGAGCCGGGCCUCCCAGGCCCCUGCAGCUGUGGCAGUGGCCAUACCAAGUCAGCUUUCUCGGUGGCAGUGACCAAGAGCUACCCACGGGAGCGGCUGCCCAUCAAGUUUGACAAGAUUCUGAUGAAUGAGGGUGGCCACUACAAUGCUUCCAGCGGCAAGUUCGUCUGCGGUGUGCCUGGAAUCUACUACUUCACCUACGACAUCACACUGGCCAACAAGCACCUGGCCAUCGGCCUGGUGCACAACGGCCAGUACCGCAUCCGGACCUUUGAUGCCAACACCGGCAACCACGAUGUGGCCUCAGGCUCCACCAUCCUGGCUCUCAAGCAGGGUGAUGAAGUCUGGCUGCAGAUCUUCUACUCGGAGCAGAAUGGGCUCUUCUACGACCCUUACUGGACAGACAGCCUCUUUACGGGCUUCCUAAUCUAUGCUGACCAGGAUGACCCCAACGAGGUAUAGACAUGCCAGGGUGGUCCUCCAGGCAGGGAACAAGCUUCUGGACUUGGGCUUACAGAGCAAGACCCCUCAACUGUAGGCUGGGGGUGGAGGGUCGACUGAGCGGUUCUAGCCUCAGGUUGACCUCCUUUGCCUCUUUUUUUCCCCAUCAUUAAAUCCAAACCUUUUUAUUCAUCCAA